AUGACGAGCUUGAGAGCACAGAGAAGACAUCGUCAGUGGUCAUCCUCCGUUGUGGUCCGUGGCAUGGCAUGGGCCAUUGCUGAAGACUUACAAGGCAGUUUCUACAUCACCUUCCUGUUUAUUGGUAAGGUAUUUCAGAGUAGCGCGGAGCAGCAGAGCAAAGCAGAGCAGGGCAGAGCAAUUCAGCAUCGGGAACUAGACAUCGGCUCUGUCGUGACUUUGGAACCUCUGGUGCAGUGGCCGUUUGGCUGGGGUUAUCAGACUGGGGGCAGGGCAAGAUUCGACAUUCGUCAACGAGGAUCACGGCACAACAAGUUCGAGAAUGCCCUUCAGCCAUUGGCUGUACCGAAGCUUAAGACGGGUACGAUCAAACCAGGUUAG